AUGGAGGGUCCUGAUUGGAGCAAAAUUCAGCAGCGUGAGUUUGAAGAGAGCUUGAUGAUGCCCAUGAUGACCCCAUCAAAAAACAUUGUCUAUGACAAUACAAGCAAAAUUGAAAUGGUCCCAAUUAGAGAUAAUUUCUUGAUUAAUCAUAAUCCAUCACAAUAUUUUCACAAAAUUGAUUGCUCAAUACCAAAUCUCUUUCCUCAAUUGAGUAGUACAAGAUCAUCUGCAGAUUGUACCAAUUCUUAUUGGGCAUCAUCAUCAUCAUCAUCAUCACCCAUCAAUGAAGCCACAUUAUUAUUAAAUCCUUCAUUAUUCCAACUAAGCACCCCACAACAUGGCCCAAUUGUUGAUUUUGGGCUCAAAAGCCCAAUUACGAGCAUCUCCCUCGAGGAAUCAUCCAUCGAUUGCUUUCUAUCGGCAUCCAAUCAGACAGACACGACUGCAGUCUCGGCCGAAGACAACGACAUCUCCUUAAUUUUCAGUAAACCCUCACCGAGCAAUAUUGAUUUUACGGUGGGCCGCGUCAAAUCGGCCCAACCCGACGCGGGCCCAACCGCCAAAGCCCAAAGCAAGAGAAAGACACCUGAAAGUCAACUGAAUCUUGACUUUCUCCAGCCAGUCAAACCAGCUAAUGACAACAGCCAAAAACAAGCCGAUGGGCCCAAAACCAAACGGGCCCGGCCCGAAAGCGGCCCGGCGCCGUCGUCCAACAUCAACUUCCGGCGGACCGACGAGCCCGACCCGGAGGCGAUGGCCCAGAUGAAGGAGGUCAUAUACCGGGCCGCGGCCUUCCGGCCUGUUUGCUUUGGGCCCGAAACAGCGGGUAAGCCCAGGAGGAGGAAUGUGAGGAUAUCAAGCGACCCGCAAACUGUGGCGGCCCGGCAAAGGAGAGAGAGGAUAAGUGAGAGGAUUAGGGUUUUGCAGCGGCUUGUGCCCGGCGGCAGCAAAAUGGACACGGCCUCGAUGCUCGACGAGGCCGCCAGCUAUCUCCGGUUCUUGAGGUCGCAAGUCGAGGCGCUCGAGGCUUUCGGGCGGAAGUUAGACCGGCGGUCCGAUUUUCCGGUCGACGGCCCGAAUCUUGCGCUGUUGAACUACUGGCCGCCGCCGCAGUUUUCGGUGCAGGGACCGAAAUCAGUUUAA